CUCGGAGCGCCCCGCACUCCUCCGCUCCAGCCCCCGAGGGCACUUGGGGAAGGAGGGGAGCGGUGUCCGCGGGAAUAAGAGAGCGCACGAGAAAAACCUCUCCUGGCGACGCCCCCAACAGGGCCCGACUCGGAACUCGGAAGCCGGAGGCUGCAAGCCGAUUGAGACUCCUCGGCCUCCUCCUCCGCACGCCCCGCAGCCCCCGCCCCGAAGCCCGGGGGGCUGUGCCGGCUGCCGGCUUCCCGCCCCUCCUCGGCGCGAAGGUCGCUGCUGGCCGGCGGGCGCCCCGUCGGCUGCCGGCGCACAUGAGGCCGCUGCCCCUACCGCAGGCGCUGGCGCCCCCCUCGCGGUGCCCGUGGUGAUGCCAUGCCCCGCCACCACGCGGGAGGAGAGGAGGGCGGCGCCGCCGGGCUCUGGGUGAAGAGCGGCGCGGCGGCGGCGGCGGCGGCGGGCGGGGGGCGCCUGGGCAGCGGCAUGAAGGAUGUGGAGUCAGGCCGCGGCAGGGUGCUGCUGAACUCGGCGGCCGCCAGGGGCGACGGCCUGCUGCUGCUGGGCACCCGCGCGGCCGCGCUCGGCGGCGGUGGCGGCGGCGGCGGCGGCCUGAGGGAGAGCCGCCGGGGCAAGCAGGGGGCCCGGAUGAGCCUGCUGGGGAAGCCGCUCUCCUACACGAGUAGCCAGAGCUGCCGGCGCAACGUCAAGUACCGGCGGGUGCAGAACUAUCUGUACAACGUGCUGGAGAGACCCCGCGGCUGGGCGUUCGUCUAUCACGCGUUCGUUUUUCUCCUUGUGUUUGGUUGCCUGAUUUUGUCAGUGUUUUCUACCAUCCCUGAGCACACAAAGUUGGCCUCGAGUUGUCUCCUGAUUCUGGAGUUCGUGAUGAUUGUCGUCUUUGGUUUGGAAUUCAUCAUUCGGAUCUGGUCUGCAGGUUGCUGUUGUCGGUAUAGAGGAUGGCAAGGAAGGCUAAGGUUUGCCCGAAAACCCUUCUGUGUUAUAGAUACCAUUGUUCUUAUUGCUUCAAUAGCAGUUGUUUCUGCAAAAACUCAGGGAAAUAUUUUUGCCACGUCCGCACUGAGAAGUCUCCGUUUCCUGCAGAUCCUCCGUAUGGUGCGCAUGGACCGAAGGGGAGGCACUUGGAAAUUAUUAGGCUCAGUGGUUUAUGCUCACAGCAAGGAGCUAAUCACAGCUUGGUACAUAGGAUUUUUGGUUCUUAUUUUUUCAUCUUUCCUUGUCUAUCUGGUGGAAAAGGAUGCCAACAAAGAAUUUUCUACAUAUGCAGAUGCUCUCUGGUGGGGAACAAUUACAUUGACAACUAUCGGCUAUGGAGACAAAACUCCCCUAACUUGGCUGGGAAGAUUGCUAUCCGCAGGCUUCGCACUCCUUGGCAUUUCUUUCUUUGCACUUCCUGCUGGCAUUCUUGGCUCAGGUUUUGCAUUAAAAGUACAGGAACAGCACCGCCAGAAGCACUUUGAGAAACGAAGGAACCCAGCUGCCAACCUCAUUCAGUGUGUUUGGCGUAGCUAUGCAGCUGACGAGAAAUCUGUUUCCAUUGCAACCUGGAAGCCCCACUUGAAGGCUUUGCACACCUGCAGCCCUACCAAGAAAGAACAAGGGGAAGCAUCAAGCAGUAAGUUCUGUAGUAAUAAGCAGAAGCUCUUCAGAAUGUACACCUCAAGGAAGCAGAGUCAGAAGCUAAGUUUUAAGGAACGAGUGCGCAUGGCUAGCCCAAGGGGCCAGAGUAUUAAGAGCAGACAAGCUUCAGUAGGUGACAGGAGGUCCCCAAGCACCGACAUCACAGCGGAGGGCAGCCCCACCAAGGUGCAGAAGAGCUGGAGCUUCAAUGACCGCACCCGUUUCCGGCCCUCACUGCGCAUCAAAAGUUCUCAGCCAAAGCCAGUGAUAGACGCUGACACAGCGCUUGGCACUGAUGAUGUAUAUGAUGAAAAAGGAUGCCAGUGUGACGUAUCAGUAGAAGACCUAACCCCACCACUUAAAACUGUCAUUCGAGCUAUCAGAAUUAUGAAAUUUCAUGUUGCAAAACGCAAGUUUAAGGAAACACUACGCCCAUAUGAUGUAAAGGAUGUCAUUGAACAGUAUUCUGCUGGUCAUCUAGACAUGUUGUGUAGAAUUAAAAGCCUUCAAACACGUGUUGAUCAAAUCCUUGGAAAAGGGCAAAUCACGUCAGAUAAAAAGAGCCGAGAGAAAAUUACAGCAGAACAUGAGACCACAGAUGACCUCAGUAUGCUUGGCCGUGUGGUUAAGGUUGAAAAACAGGUUCAGUCAAUUGAAACCAAGCUGGACUGCCUGUUGGAUAUCUACCAGCAGGUCCUCCGGAAAGGCACCGCCUCUGCCCUCACUUUGGCUUCAUUCCAGAUCCCACCUUUUGAAUGUGAACAGACAUCCGACUAUCAAAGCCCUGUAGACAGCAAAGAUCUGUCCAGUUCUGUGCAGAACAGUGGCUGCUUAACCAGAUCAGCUAGUGCCAACAUCUCGCGAGGCCUGCAGUUCAUUCUGACACCAAAUGAGUUCAGUGCCCAGACUUUCUAUACGCUUAGCCCUACUAUGCACAGUCAAGCCACACAGGUGCCAAUCAGUCAAAAUGAUGGCUCCGCAGCAGCGGCCACCAACGUUGCAAACCAAAUAAAUGUGGCACCCAAGCCAGCAGCCCCAACCACCUUACAAAUCCCACCUCCUCUCCCAGCCAUCAAGCACCUGCCCAGGCCAGAGACCUUGCACCUAAACCCCGCAGGCUUACAGGAGAGCAUUUCCGACGUCACCACCUGCCUUGUUGCCUCCAAGGAGAAUGUUCAAGUUGCACAGUCGAAUCUGACCAAGGACUGUUCUCUGAGGAAAAGCUUUGACAUGGGAGGAGAUACUCUGUUGUCUGUCCAUCCCACGGUACCGAAGGACUUGGGCAAAUCUUUAUCUGUACAAAAUCUGAUCAGGUCGACAGAGGAACUGAAUAUACAGCUUUCAGGGAGUGAAUCAAGUGGCUCCAGGGGCAGUCAAGAGUUCUACCCCAAGUGGAGGGAAUCCAAAUUGUUUAUAACUGAUGAAGAGGUGGGGCUUGAAGAUGCAGAAACAGACACUUUCGAUGCCGCCCCGCAGCCUGCCAGUGAAGCUGGGUUUGCGACGGACUCUCUAAGGACUGGAAGAUCACGAUCAUCUCAGAGCAUUUGUAAGGCAGGGGAAAGUACAGAUGCCCUCAGCUUGCCCCAUAUCAAACUGAAAUAAGUUCUUUGUUUUCUUUCUAGGCAUAGCAGUUCCUUUAGCCAUA